CCGCCUACACAUUCAUCUUCAUCAAAAUGCCGUCAUCCGAGAUCUCCCCAUCCUUCCAAAAUCAAAACCUUGAAGCCCUCUUGGAAUCCGCCAAGCCUUUCCUCCGUGAAGAAUUCCACAAAAUCGAUGAAAAACUUCCAACCCUACUCGAAAUUCUGUGUUCCGCCGGCGCUGGCGAGUGCUACCACCGCAUAGGCACCUUCCUCGAUCACCUCCGCCAUGUCUACCGCACCAUCAAGCUAUGGAAGGCCCCCGAUUCCAUCGCACUUUGCGCACUCUUUCACUCCGUUUACUCCAACUCCUACAGUAACAUAGUUCUCUUCGACCCAGAAACUAGCCGCGACAAAGUCCGCAGCCUCAUCGGUGAGGCUGCAGAGCGAAUCGCGUAUCUUUUCUGUGUUGUGCACCGCCAGUCUCUCGUUCACAAAUGCAUCAUGUGCCAGUUCACCGAGUCGGAGCUUCGGGAGUAUCUCAAGGCUUCCGAGGUUUCGGUGAUGAACGCUAACGACAAUGGUGUGUUCAAUGGCGACGAAAAAUGGCGUAAGAAGAUGCAGUCACUCGUGCCGGCUGGUGGAUUGAUCGGGAGACACCACACGACAGGUGAAGAGAUUCUGGUGUCACGACGGAUGAUUGGAGUGUUUCUCCUGAUGACCAUAGCGGAUAUCAGCGAGCAAUACUUCGGUUUCCAGGACGUGUUAUACGAAAACACAAACGGGCGUCUUGAACUGGACGGAGACCGGUUUGAUACGUUGUAUCCUGGAAACGGGAAACCGGGGUUAUGGAUGAAUGCAGCAUCAAGAAUGGCUGCAGUUUAUACGUUAUUGGUGCGAGAAGAAGCUAUCUUCUUGCAAGAAAACAAAAUUGGUAGUGGGAUUGAUAGAGAUGAAGAUAUCGAGCUUGUGAUCCCUCCGGUUUUCGAUCAUUGCACCACGAUUCUUGAUGCAAAUGACUUGAUCAUGGCUCGGGACUUGUACUGGGAGGUGGUUUGUGAUGAUUGGUGUGACCAGGUUACAAAGGAUAAGAGUGAGGGGAAGUUGGUUAAGUGUAUUGAGGUGAACCCAUACGUUGGUGAGCCACAUGUGUUGUUGGGUCAGUUUUAUCUGAGCAGAGGGAGGUUUGAGGAGGCUGAAAAGGAGAUUGAGAAGGGGUUGAGACUUUUGUUGGAGUGGGGUGGUCCAUGGGACAAGAGGAUUUCAUGGGAAGGGUGGGUGGCUUGGUGCAGGGUGAUGUUGAACAAGGCUAAGGAGAGGUCUUGGCCACAAACUGCAUGGGGGGUCAUCAAUUUGGGGCUUGUUAGGUAAUUAAGUGGAGCAAUUGUGUGCUUGUGUGGCUCUUGGUAAUAAAGAAUAAGAUGUCUUCAUGAAUUCAUUUUUCAUGAGAUGUUUUGUUUCAUCGUGUUGUUUUCAUUUCAUGUUUUGUUAGUUGUAUUACUUUUGGUGCAUUUGUUAUGAUGUAUGUGUUAAUCUUGUUUGAAUGAUUAGUAGUGGGUGAAUCCCUAGAGCA